UGGUGUGCAACAACAACCAGGAGUAAGAGCUGCCUUGGUGGUGAUGGUUCUGAGCAAGGAAGUUCCCGACAUCCACAUUUUCAGCACCAGGGCCGGAGAUGUGGCUGUUCGCCCUGACCUGAACUGUUACCUCCUCCUGCCAAUUAUGCCAACCUCACCCCGUGCUGAGCUACGGCCCCUGCACCCUUCUCUGUGUGGCGGCAAACACUAUUUCAGUUCUCGUUGGCAUGACUCCAUCUACGUCGUCAUGGGCAACAAGUUCAUGGAGGCCCAAGACCUCAGUAUCGGAUCUAGUGGACAGGCCCGACAACUACACCCUAGCUGCUGUGGUGGGCAACACUACUUCGCUAUUGCUGGUGGCUUUGUCAUAAUUCUGAGCCAGGGCACUUCAACCACAGUGAAGGACUUGGCCACAGGAGAACCAGUUCCAGGCCUGGAUCCAGGACAUCAGUGGUCCAAGGAGAAAGUGGGAAGCAUUCGUAGCUAUCUCUACUGGGAUCUGUGGGAUAACUUCAGCGGAAGCUUCUUCUCUUUCCACCCCAAUAUCCUCAGCUUCCUGCCAGGGGGCCUUGGCCUCGCCAAGGGCCCUGCAUUUGGGGCUUGGGAGUUGUUAAUAGUCCUCCACAACUAUUCCGACAUCCCAGUCACCAGGUCACAUGGAAUAUUCCAGAAGGUGGGCUACGCUAAGGAGAAGCUGGCUGACAUUGGGUACGGCUGGACGGCAUCUCUGCCAGAUUCUCCCGAGCCAGGCUCUGUCGUCAUGGCACUAGCCAGGGCCCAGUUUGCACUGCCAUCCCAGUACGGAGGGAUGGGCCUCAACACAGAGCAAGAGGAAUGGAAAGAGGCCCGUGAGGAAGAAAAGACCUUGGAACUCACAUUACUACCCAAUGAGAUGGCCUAUGUGUGGCAGUACCAAUUAGGCCUUGGCAAAGACGCCAUCUUGUUUUGCAGGGAAAUUAAGGUCACCUCCAGUUCUGAUCCACCCUAUGAGCCCUCCCUGCCACCUUUAUCCUGAAUUUCCACCUUGUCAGUCUCUCAUUUGCUUCUCCUCUUUAUCUCAAUGGAUGGAUAACGCUGAAAGAUUACUUGGUGAAGUUGAGUUUUUGGCCACAUGUA